AGGAAACGAGGACGAAGCCCUAUAAUGUCGCUCAAAAUAAAUGCCCAAGACGACUCAGAGUCGACAAUAGCUAAGUGAAGACCCCCGCCCUUUGUUUAUUCGCCGUUGUUAGCUAGAUCGUAGCAAAGAGCUGCAGCCCUCGUUUUUCUGAUUCACUCGCACGAAUUUCGUUUUGCCCGUUUUGGUUUACAGAGAAUCAUCUAUAUGUAUUGUUACAAUCUUCAUUUUCGCAAUUGGGUUUAGUUUUACUUUUACGUCGUCCUCGUCCUUCUUUUCGAUAAGAACGCUGGCGAAGAUCAUGAUCGGGCGUAGCCGACAAGCCGAUGUGGCGGUGCGGAGUGCACAAUGUGCUCCCGAUCCGGCUGGCCGACGGUGUGAACGAAAGGGCCGACCCCGGGGACGAAGCAGCUCAACAUCAGGAGGUCCACAACAACAUCUUCGUUUGUCCUUCAGCGUUACCACCAAGCGGGCUGGGGCUGCAGCAGCAAUCAUCCUUGGCGCUUCAAGCUACUCUGGUGUGGGUGUCGCUAUCCGUUGCAAAUAUGUCUGGGUUUGAGCCGCUACUUUGCUAUGCCGUCCCCUACUUGUUUGCCAUCUCACGUCGCCGAGAAUGAAGGGUCUUGCACAUCAGAUUCUGCGAUGGCCUUUUAAGGUCUACUUUAUGUAUGGACUCUGCAUGAGAAAUCCUCAAUCCUCAAUAUGGCCAAGAGAUAUGUAUUCUGCAGCCCAUGCAAGACAGAUUUGAUUUAUUUUUUGUGAUGAACCGUGGCGCGAACAACACGAAGCUGUUUCGCAACUUAGUCUGCACUCUUUCAGACCCGGUCAUGUUUGCUCGUUACACUUACAGGCUACGAACACAAGCGGUCAGCAGUGGGACUAGAAGCUGGAAAAAAGCAGCGCCGUCGAUCCAAAAGGUUUUACCAGCCAGGGCUAGGAACCUCCGACGACGGCCGAACAAGGGAGGUACUUCUUUAUCUAUAGAAGUGUGGAGAGCUGUUCUUUCAAUUUAGAUUUACGGAUUAGACUCAGACCUAACAUCAAAAAGUGACAGCUGCGUUGUUGCUUGUCGCGGAACCGCUAGAGUUUAGCGCUGUUCUUUUUGGUGUACUUAGUACCCAGGCGGCUUUUCUCCGAGUUAUCCUUAAUUAAUUACGAAGACGAAUAUAUGAUUAUUAGGGCUUUUCUGGGCCUCAGGCCUCCCCUCAGGCCCCCCCUCGACCCCUAAGGCCCCCCCUUAGGCCCCCCCUGAGGCCAAAAAAGCCCCCCCUGAGGCCCCCCCUUUUGCCCGAAGGAGAGGUUUAGGCCGCCCUCUUAGCCCCCCCCUUUUUUUUCGCGUUCGCACCCACUGAGGCAAAAAAAGCCCCCCCCGAGGCAAAAAAAGCGGAGCCGCCAUGCCGUGCGCCCUCCCAUACGAGCAAGCAAGGGGGGGCCCGGGCCUGCUGAAGGCCGCGGCGGGCGCAGAUAAUUAAACUAUUCGCGCGCAGCCUUUGCAGGGUUGUUCCUUCCCUCCGCCCGCCCGUCUCGCAGAUGCCCCCACCCCCGGGGGGGCCACCGGCAGAGCCGCGGGAGGGUAGGUCCGCUCGCUGGCCCACUGCCGCUGCGCAAUAAGGGCAGAAAGAAGAGGCCUCCGCGGGCGCGCGCCGCCCAGAUAAUAGUGAGCCUCCCUGCCCCUUGCUUCCGGCCGCAAGCACAGCAGAAAAAGGCUUGGGCGAGAGACAACAAGGCCCCCCGAAGGCCCCCCCCCUUAGUGAGGCCUCCCGCCGAGGCCCCUCUCUCACUCUUGGCCAAGCCCCGACCCUUUUUGUAUUGCCGCAAAGCGGCGGAGUUAGCGAGCGCAGGCAGCCGCGCUGCCGCGCACAGUGAGUCAGACACGAGCAAGGGAAGGCCCGGGCCUGCAGAAGGGGGGCCGGCAGGGGGCCGCGGCGCCGGCCCACGAACUCGCGGGUGCGCCGCCCGUGCGGGGUUGGUCUGCCCACAAAAAAAGCCCCGGCGGGCGCGCGGCAGAUAAGCGCCCCCCUUGCUUCCGGCCGUAGGCACAGCAGAAAGCGGGUUGGCAGGGCGAGAAGCAAAAAGGCCCCCCUUCGACCCCCCUGAAGGCCUCCCGUUGGGCCCCGCAAAGCCAGCCGCCCCUGAAGCCUCCCUCCGAGGCCCUUCUUGGCCUGCCCCCGACCCCUUGCUUUUGUGUUGCCGCGCACCGGCGGAGCCAGCAAGGACGGAGGCGGAGCCACAUUCGCCGCACAAAAGAGCAAGGGAAGGUUGGCCCGGCCCUGCAGAAGGCCUCCACACAGACAAAUCAGCGCGCGCGCUGCCCUGGCGCGCGGGAUUGGCCCGUCCGUCUCGCAGAUGAUCCCAACCCCGAGAGGGCCCGCGGCACCGCUUCGGGCCUGCGGCCCCCCGCCCUGCUUGGGCCCCCCAAGGCCUGGGCCCCCCCUGCCAGCCUGGAUCACGCGUUGCCAGCCGGCUGGGCUUGGAAGCAAAAAGGCACCCCCGAGAGCCCCCCCGAAGGGAGACCCCUCCCGUUCCCCCGGCCCCCCAUUGGUUUGCCUCUAAGGCCCCCCGAUGGCCCGCCGGGAGGCUCCUUGGGAGGCACUCAACGCACGGCACGGAAGCAAAAAGCGGCAUGCCCCCCAGAAGGCCGCGGCCAGGGUUAUCGUGCGCGCCCAGGCUUUCCGGAGCUGGUGUCGCAGAUGUUUGCUCCCCCGGAACGAAGGGCCAGGAGAGGCCGCGCUGUCCAGCGAGAGACCCUGCCUCGCCGCGGCAUAAAGAGAACGAACCAGCACCGAGACGCUCAAGGCUUCUCACACUAUCUCUCCCCCGCCCUCUUCCCUUCGCAUGGAGCCCGGCCCAGCAAUCCUAAUGAGCAUUUUUUUGCUGCGUAGUCGCUAUCAGCAUACAAAAGAAUCAAGCCCAAGAAAGGGUCGCCCAACCGGGCGACCCGUCUUCUUGUAUAUGUAAAAAUCUUUAUUAGCGCGGUUCUUUCCGAAAUAUUCUUCGAACUAACCAAUUACUCUGCCAGGCGGGUCCGGACACAUUGCAUCGGCAGCAGCGCAUUUUGGACCGCCGAAGCAACGCAAGAAAAGGUCCCGUGCCUGUUGCUGUGCUAGAGGGCUCACCAGCGCCACCGCAACAGAAUAGCACGGGGCAAGCCGGCACUUUUGCAGGAGGCUAUGGGCCGGCUCCCACUCGUACAGCGCGAAGAUGCCGCACUGACGAGGCGUACGCGUUUUUCUUUUGGCCUCCUGCGGGCUAUGGAAACGCGACCGAUGCCGACUACAUUCCCCUCUGGACCGCGGCGUAUUCCAUCCGGGCAACAGAACUCUGCCACCGCGACAUAAUCCUAAUGCGUCCGCAGUUGGACAUGGACAUGGGCACGGACACUUCGGGGCAGCAGACAAAUACGACGUGGCCAAAAGCCUCGAUUGCUCGGAAAAUGGCUGCGCUCGGCAUCGAGGCGCGCGACAUGCCCGCGUUUCGAUUGGGAGAGGCCUGUCGCAUGGCAAUUGCGGCCUGCGAGUGGUUCCAGGGGAGCGAGAAGUUCAUGCUGAAGGGCAAAGAAAUAGCACGAAGCGCCAUACACAAGGCAAACGGCUUUCGGUUGUUGGAGUAUCGGGCCGUUCUCCUUUUGGACACUGACAUCCUGGUGCAGCGAGAUUUGGGCUGUAUCAAAUGGAAAUGUGGCUGGGUCUUGCGGAAAACAAUGCAAGAGUUUUCACGCAGGCUUACGACCAUGACCCCGUCCCCGACCCAUGAGCAUAAGAGAUUGUUCUGUGAGGUCUUCAUAGAUAUGCAGAUCGUGGCUCGCCUGCAUGAGAGAUUGCCUCUCAGGUCAGGCAGAAGUGGGCGGCGUUUGGUAAUCCUGCAACACACAUAAUUGGAUUUUGGUCGGCUCGACGACAAACGUGCAGCGCCAGCGGCGUGUCGCACAUCCAACGGGGGGGAUGGGUCUCAGGUCGAUCAAGGUCGCCAGAGUCCAGAUUUAGUAUGACAACCAACCAAAAGCUUGCAUUGUUCCAGACCCAGAUGACAUAUUUACAAUGCAUAGUGCGGCUGUUCGCGCAAUUCACAGGUGGGAGCUCUCCGGGGGGCAGGAGCGACACGGCCCUGCAGCAAGAUCUUGAAAUCGCGGGGAGAGUGCCGGAUGUGGCAGUAACCGGCGACGAGCAAAGGGCGGAAUCAGAGUCCUGCGCCGCCAUUUCCAAGGCCGCCUCAGGCAAAACUGGCUACCCGUUCAACGUCGGCGUGAUGAUGAUUCGCCCGGGCAAUUCAGAGCUGUUGCAGCGCUAUGACGCCAUCUUAAAGUCGAGCAACAAAACUAUUGGCGACCAGUGGUGCUGGAAGGCUGAGCAGGGCCUUUUCAAUCGUCUGGUGUACGACAUGUAUUUCAACAAUGACGACAUGUAUUUCAACACAAGCAGGAGCGACGCCCAUCGUGGAGGAGGGAGCGCGACGGUUCCGGUGCACCAAGAAGGCACUGACGCGCUGACCACAAGAAACGGGUGGACUACGUUUCCGGGCACCGAGGGCCGGGUAGCAUGUUUCGAGCCGAAGCAGUUUGGUUGCCGCUGGACGAGUGAGACUUCUAGAAACUGCGCGAGCGCAAGCGUGCAGCAUUUUAUUGGAGCAGACAAGCCGUGGGACAAACCUGCUCCACCCGACGACGAAUCCGGGGGGGGGGCAACGGAUGCCGGGGCCUGGCACCAGGCUAAAGCGGCGAUGGACGAGUUUCUGGCUCAUGCACUCAGCAGCGACACCGACACGAAUGCCGAAGCGUGGCAUACCUCUGGCGCGGCCCCCCAACGGUCGAAAACCUUGUAA